GCUAGUAUAUGUACAUGUAAUGAGUAGCAAUGUCUUUUAAUUUGGCAUUCAGUGUGGGGCGAACAAGACCCGAACACAUUCCGUUUCUCUUUCAGUAUAACAGGUGACUCCUUUGUUUGGAGACUUUCAUUCAAGGAAGCAUACCUGUACCAGUAUGUCUGCCCGAGCCUCAACUGUUCUCAUGCCAUGGGUGGAUCUUGCCCCAAAAGAAACAAAUGACCUGGUUGGUCCCCUGGAAAAUGGUUCCACACCGAGUUCACCCUUGCCAAAGGACCCAAUCCGACUGAAGAAACUCGUGCGCAAGGGCCAGUGGCCGGUGAACCACAUUGUGCGGAAAGAGUUGUGGCAUCACAUCUGCAUGCAGAAUGUUGUGGCUGCUGGUAGUGUGUACAAAGAAACAGCAAAAGUGUUAUUUGGAGAGGAAAAUAGCAGUUCAGAUGAAAAUGCUAACCUAGAUAAUCAGACCUUUGGGAAUGAAGACCACCUGACCACCUACAAGCUAGCUGGGGCUGGCUGUGAUCAGCUAACCCGCCUUCUGUGCGUCCUAGCCCACACUCGACCAGACAUCAACUAUUGCCCUCUCCUGCAUCCAGUAGCGGCCCUCUUGCUGCACUACAUGGAUGCUGAGCAGGCAUUUGACUGUUUGUCAGCCCUGCUUGGGAGCCAUCGCUACAAGUACCUGGACCAGAGCUGGGUUGAAUACGAAGCCUUUCGAGGGAGUUUCACCAAGCUGGCCAAAAAGUUUGCUAAUUCGGCCCAUUCUUUGAUUGUUAAACAGGGUAUGGAUCCUGGACUUGUCUUCAAGGAUUGGAUCUGGUGGAUUCUGGAGGACCUUCCGUUUACACACCUGGUCCGUGUCAUGGAUGCCUAUCUCAUGGAAGGCUUGAAGAUUUUUUAUCGUGUGUCUCUGGCAAUCCUCCAACUCUUCAAUAAGAAAAGGAAAGGCCUGUCAGGGAAGGCUGCACAAUCCAGUGACUUUGUUUCCAGCAUUCGUCAGUUUGCCCAAAAUAUUCCAGUUAAUGCUGAUGUCUUGCUUACAAUGGGUUUCCAGUUCCGAGGGCUGUCGCGCACCAUCAUUGACACGUACCACACUAAAUUCAAGCAGACAAUCAGAGAUUCUGGCAUGGUGCCGCCAGUCAGACAGACCAACAAGGGAAUCCCUGCAGUAUUGAAUGAUAUCAACUCUUCCAUCAUCAGCUCCAAGCAGGUAUGGUAUAAGACUGCAGACCUGUCCUCAUGUCAUACAUGGACAGGCAGCGUCCUCAAACACUCUGAAAUCAUGUUGGUUACCUUGAGCCUGCCCACCGGUAUGUAUUCAGUGUACUUGUCACAUCUCUUUUUGAUGAUCUGCAGUUGCUAUAUUUUGUUCCACUCAAAUCUUUGCAGGUGUGAAGAUGAAGAGCAAACCAUCCUUCUUGUCAAGACACUGGAUAAUGAGAUCUUUGGGGCUUAUCUGUCUUGCCCAUGGAGCACCCGUAACAGCUCAGACCUCAAGACUUCCUAUUUUGGCAAUGGGGAGACCUUCCUAUUCUCCAUCACACCAUGGGAGCAGAGACACUCCUGGGUUGGGCUCAGUGACAGACAAGAGAAGGGUCCGGUGGACACAGCCAGCCAGUUGUUCAUGCGGGGAACGAGAGAGUUGCUGUCCAUUGGUGGAGGUGAUGGUGAGGGAUUGCAUUUAGAGAGUGACAUAUCAAAUGGCUGGAGUGAAACUUGCCGAACAUUUGGCAACCAGCCCUUGGCCAGCAAUCGUAACUUUCAGAGUGAGAUCAUAGAGGUGCUAGCAUUCCAUGACAUGAGGAACACAGAAAACGAGGAGAGGGCAGCCACCCAAGCAGACACAGUGACAAAACCCCUGACAGAACCCAUGAAACACAAAGACAGUGAGGAUACAGCAGACAUCGUGACAGCGCUAGAACCAGUAGCAGAGCUACUGAAAGAUUCAGAAGUGGAACCUGCAGCAGAGGCAGUAGAAGAACCGUCAGCAGACCCAGUUGGGGAAGCCCAGAGAGAAACACAAGGGGAGCCAGCACAGCAAGCAGCGAUAGUGGUAACUGAUGAGCAACCCCCCUCUGGUGAAAGUGGGGAGUGAGGAUAAUUGCAGCCUGCUACAGCAUACUAAGGAAUGUGCCCCAGCGUUGACCUUUUCAUAGGUGAUGCCAUGCUAAAUGUUUGCAAACAUUCCACAGUACGAGCAAGCCGAUGAAUGGGAAAUUCAAGAUGACCAUACACCUAUUUGCUGCAGCAACAAGGAAAUAUUUGAUUUGCUUGGCAUGUGAUGAAUUAUCCAGUGCAAUAACUCAUGCUUCAAAAACAUCAAAUCCAUAUGCUGCUAUUUUCAUGCUUGUCUUUUUUGUUUGACUGAGCUCUGUGAAAUAGCCAGUGUGAAUGGGUACAAUUGUUAUGAUCCAUGCUGUCAUUAAGAAAUAUCAACUUUAAGGCGGUCAGUCACCCUUUGACUUUAGGUCAUCUGCAUAAUUAGAGUUACAUGUAACAGUGUUUCAAGGCAUACUGUACAAGGCAUGUGUAAAAAUGGCCUUUGUGCUAAAUGAAGAACUGCAUGGUGAUUAUAUUUGUCGUGUUUGUAGCUACAUGUAAUGACGUCUUUGGCAUGGAUGUGAUUGUACUCUGUGGGACUGUAAGCUCGGAAACAAACCUCAUAUUAACAGGAAGUCAGACAUUAUUAUAUCAGUAUUUUCAGGCUUCCUGGGUAAAAGCGUUAGAAACAUGAACGGUGUACAGAACACCAGGGUAUACAUCACCUCCAAGCAUAUUGUUUUGGAGUAUUUCUACAUCUUGGGCAAAUGGUAGCCAAACAUUCAGUAGAAUCCUCUGGGGUUUAUCAUUUGGUUUCUGCUGGAGUUUACGUAAACAUGACCUUUGGUACAAAGCUUCUCACUGAUCAUCUUUUGUUCCAGCUGUACUCUCAGGACUCAGCAGCACCGUUUUUCAGUUUCACCUCUCAAAACCUAUCAGCACUUCGGAUGAAUUGACUUCAAAGGUUACGCUACCUGUAAUAAAAGUGUUUAGUUUCGGGAUUUUGAAGGGCCAAAUGUCGAGUGCAAGGAAGUAUUGCUUAUAGAGUACUUGGUACGUUUGCUUCCUCUGACGGAUGGAAAAAAGUAGUCCAUACUGGCAACAUGAAGGCUUUAGAAUUGGAAAUAGGGUAAUACAUGUACAUACAUUUACAUGUUUGUACAUGUAUGUACAUGUACAUGUAUGUUAAUGUAUGUACAUAUAAUAGUGCUAUUUUGGGGUGGUUCUUUGGCUGUUUUGGGGCACAUGCUGUAUACAAUUAUUUAAUCAGCUAGACAUUCAAGAUUCAAAUAACUUUAUUAUCCCUCCAGAGGAAAUUGGGAUGGCCUUCUGGAUACAAUAUAAAUACACCAAGAAUACAAACUAAAAACCCAUUAGUCUAAAAAUGUAAAAUACAAACCUACCAACACACCUGAGGAAUAUUGAGAACAUGGUGUCUUUCAUGUUUGGUCUGAAGGUGCAUCUGUUCUCCCUGUACAUUGUUGAUAUUUGAUGGAACAAAGGAAUGUGAAAAGUAGUACAUUGUACUUGAUGAUGGCUGAAAACAUCCUGACUUUUACAGUGUAUGUACAUUUGUAUUGCGUAAACAGGUGUCCAAGGGAGCUGUUGAGGUUGUAUGAUCUCAUUUUUAUAGUAGGAAAUAUAAGUGAUUUCAAAUUCUUAUAAAUUGUACAUACACCUGUUGGUUUUAAUGGUUUCAGAAACUAGUGUUAAUUAUUUUUCUUUUUUCAGAGAGCAGUGGUCAUGGUAUGGCACGCGUACCUUGAGAGAGUUGUUACCUCAUGUGGGUAGAGCAUAUCUUCAAUUUUGUAAUCAGAAUUUUGUAGACGGAAUUCCGUUAAGCAUGCACAUGCCUUGGAAUGGGGCAUUGUACACGUAUUUUCAUAUUAUAUUGCACUACCCUGGCUUUCUGUCGAGGCAUGCUGUGAACCACAUAUUAUUUUUAUUUUAAUUUCUGGCAAUGACACCAAGGUUUCCUCAACUGAGCACCUUAGGCACUGUAAGCUCACAAUUAGUCUUGAAGAAAUCUGUAGAUAUGAGACAGGGAGAAGCAGUUACAGUUUUAGAGGUGGGAGGAAAACCCCAGAGGAAUAUUCUGGGAAAAACCCACAGAAUCAGGUAGGGACUGAAAACCCAAUCCACGUGUGGACCGGGGCGGGAAUUGAACCAGGGACUACAGAGAUGGAAGGCAAGGAAAGAAUUACUGCUUCAACCUGACCCCUGCACCGUAUGGAUAGUGAAUGCGACAGUAGGGAGUGCUGUUGCCAUGAAAUUCACUUGUGCUGUUCUGUCCAUUAAUUAGUCAAACUUGUGUUGGACAAUUGCAGGUAUGGUUCCAAUGGUGCACAUGUACUCUGUACAACUGUAUAUUUGGAAUGAUUUCCAGGGGGACCAAAGUAUUAUUUAUUUGUGUUAAAACUAUUUCAAAUGAAGUUUAGGUGUGUGAUUUCAUCAUUAUUUGCUGUUUUCAACAAAACCAAACCAACUCUGAGCAGAAAAGCCAUUUUGUGCUUUGUAGAGUAGCAAGUAACAGUCAAGCAUUUCUUGUGUGGUGGUUCGUAUUACAUGUACAUGUAUAUGUGAGUUUGGAGAUGCUUGAUAAUGGCCAUGUUUCUUUGUAUAAAUCCCAUAGCAAUACAAAUAAGUACAUAUACAUGUACAUUUUUUGUACCUUUUUUUUACUGAAGACAUGCCAGUAUGGGGCAGCGCUAACAUCUGGGAGUUUCACAAAAUGGCAACCACACCGUGCUGAUGAAAACAACUGCAGUGAGCGCACGCGUACCUACUGAUCAAAGAAAAGAUUGUGUCACCUGAUCCUCCAACUGGCUGGUACGUGCGUACGUCGUCAUGGUUGCUGUUUGCACCGGUGCGGUACCUGCCAUUUUGCGAGAAUCCUGGAUAUCCACGCUGCCCCAUACAUGUAUCAAUGCACCAAAGGCUUAUAAGACAAGAGUCUAUUGAUCACUUGGGCUGUUGGACAUUCACAUCAUGAUUCAAAGUCCUCAAAGGAUUUGGUAAUAGUUGUGUUGAAGUGGAUUAGAAACUGAGAUAUAAGAACUGUUAUGGAAAGUACCUGUAAUUUUAAUCCGUGUGUGAGGUGAUAUUGCCAACAUGUUUGGGUAUCAUUAACUUUCUGCAUGGAUACCAGAACAAAGAGUCAAAUUCAUUGAAUUGCUUCGUACACUGUACAUGUACAUGUGACAUCUCACAAAAUGAAAUUGUGGUUAAAGUUAAGUCAUAACUGGAAACCUGGCUUCCUUUUUUCUUGAUGAAGACAUGCAGAUUCCCCAAGAGAGAGUCUGAUAUUCUGCUGGCAUAACCCAUAUGCCAUGAGAGUGCAUGUUGGUUUCAAACUUGUACACGAAUACAUACUCCGAGUUCCAAGUUUGCAUGAGUUUUGAAUAUGUUGACCCUGAAGACAUACAGACAACAGAUAGGCAGCCUUUCUUGCGUGUAUAUCAAGGCAGGGAUACAUACAGGUUCAUGAGGCCCUGUGCAGACUCAUAUCAGGUUUUGAUAGCUUGAAAUUCGGCUGGAUUAGAGUGACUAGUUAGUAACAUGUUAUGUCUUCGGAAGAAGUUUGCCAAAUUCAGUGAAGUUCACAGAAUUACAUGUACCACUAUAACUUUUAAAAAGUCCGGUCUCCUAUACCUCAUUGUUUUAGGAGCAUUUUACAUACAUGUACAUCAUGCCUGAAUGUGAUGAAUAGACAUACGCGUAUCAGAGAAUAAGUCUGAGGAGUACAGUCGACACAGAAUUUGGAACAUUUCAGAAUUUGUUCGGUGCAAAUAAGUGCAUGCAUUUUAAGACUUGAAGGUUUUCAUGGUGAAAGAAACUAGAUGAGUAAAAUGAUAGCAGUUUCACCAUGUCACUACAUUUGUUGUCACCUUCUUGGUGCAACCACUAUCAUUUUACACAUCUUGCAUGCAUUUUUCUCCCUCUAGUUUUCAGAGUUCUUUAAUUUGAUGGAUGUCUUCUUGAAACUGUCUUCUUGGAAUACAAAGGAAAGCCAUCAUACCAUCAGUUGUACAUGUACAUGUAUGGGAUUGAGAGUUUUACAUGUACCCUGACAUUGUCAAUUAAUGGUUACUACCAUUCUCUGCUGUUAUUAUGGCAAACUAAUGAUCAGAUCAGCUCACUAUAUUUUUGUCACUUGUUGAUAGAUUUGGUUUAUUCCAUUCUUUGUGGUCUAUGCUGAUCAUGUGCCCCUUAGUGAGCCAAGUAAUUAAUUAUGGCAACUACAUGUAUCCUAGGUCAAUUUAAAAAAGUAACAGUAUUACAUGGAAGGGUUCUGCACUCAUGUAAAUAUAUAGAUGUAUGCAUCCAUGUUAGUUUUGUGUCAUAGGUUAACUAUGCUAUGCAAAUGUAAUGGAAGUGUGUUCAUGUCAAAGCAAUAAAUAAUAUAGCAAUGUUUAAAAUUAGUAUGGAAAGUAAUAAUUCACUGCAGCUUGCAAUUUGCAUCACUUGUUUGAAUCAGCAGAAGUGUUUGUACAAGUAUAACACAUUUGAAAGUAUUAAAUAUAGGUGUCAUUGUAAUGCUGUAUACAUGUAAGUAUCGGGAAGGUUUUGGUUUGACUCCAAAUUGGGAUAAAAGAGGAACUUACUGGCUGCUUACGUUUCAUCAUUUCAGUUGAAAUCUUGUGUUCACUGAAUAAAAGAAAACUUAUUUUUGCAAAUUUAUUUUUCUGGAGAUUCGGUGGCUGUUUUGUACAUGUAGGUUGUUGCAUAAUUACAUAUGGCUUGUCAUGGUGAAGAUUUUAUUGUGUCAGUGAUUUAGUUUUUGGAAUUCAGUAAUGAGCUUGCUUUAAGGCGCAACACAAAAGUGAAAGUCGAAGCAGAAGACUCACAUGGGUGUUGUUCAGCACAGAUGUAGGCUUGUGUGCCAUACCACCAGUAAUGUCUGAAUAAGGAAUAUGCUUGUGUAGAAUGAGACACAUGGUGCCAGGGGUUUUGUCUUUCCCUUUUGGGAGGUAAUUGUUUGUUAUUGAAAUUUAUUUGUAAUUUGUAACCUCUUGAAAACUAGAACAUAGUGCCAAAUUUGAAGGAGUCAAACGUGUACAUGUGUAUGUAUAUGUAAUCGGUUCCAUUCAAACAUGCCAUACAUGUCAUAUGACCUGCAUACACACAUAAAUGAGCUUGUGGAAAAGCAUUUUCCUCUCAAAUCUUUUUAUAUAUAUAAAUUGUGGAAGUGAAUUUCCUUUUGGAAAGGGCUCUGAAUUACUUUUAUCAUUGUUUUUUGUCAUGUUGAGGUUUCCCUUAAUUCAUUGUAAUUCAGUAUUGUAUUUGUAUAUUUUUACCAGAAGUGUGGUGUCAGGCUGAUCUUGCCUGAAAAUUAUGUGGAUCUCUUGAAGAAAAAAAAAAGGUGGAAAUAAGAAUGCUGCAAAGCUGGUGUUCUCAGAGAAAUGUAAGUUGAUUUUACAGUCCAAACACAGUAUUAUUUUCACAUGUUCCAGACAAGGCACUGGACGUGUUUUCCAAAGAAAGCUUAAGAACACUGUUGUCUUUGUAUGUAUGGCUAAAGAUAUUCGGUGGCAUGUGGACCAGUGAUGUGAGUUUGAGCUGUAUGUACAAGGAAAAUACUAAAAGUUGUGGAAUACUGGUAACUAUGGAAACUAUUAUGGGCUUACUCAUGUAGCUGAAUUAAAACACUACCACAAUCAAUUCAA